CGUCCGCCCGGCUCCCCCCUGACGUCAGCCUCGCGGUUCCAUUUAAGGCCCCUCCCGCGCUCAGCUCCGAGUGUCGGAGGUGCUGCCGCCAAGUCCGGAUCCAACCUCGCGUGCCGCUGACGCCCGCCCGCCCGCCCGACGUGCACUCCCGAUUCCUUUUGGUUCUAAGUCCAAAAUGGCAACUCUCAAAGAUCAGCUGAUUCAGAAUCUUCUUAAGGAAGAACAUACCCCCCAGAAUAAGAUUACAGUUGUUGGGGUUGGUGCUGUUGGCAUGGCUUGUGCCAUCAGUAUCUUAAUGAAGGACUUGGCAGAUGAACUUGCUCUUGUUGAUGUCAUUGAAGACAAACUGAAGGGAGAGAUGAUGGAUCUCCAGCACGGCAGCCUUUUCCUUAGAACACCAAAAAUUGUCUCUGGCAAAGAUUAUAAUGUGACAGCAAACUCCAAGCUGGUUAUUAUCACAGCUGGGGCACGUCAGCAAGAGGGAGAAAGUCGUCUUAAUUUGGUCCAACGUAAUGUGAACAUCUUUAAGUUCAUCAUUCCUAAUAUCGUAAAAUACAGCCCAAACUGCAAGUUGCUUGUUGUUUCCAAUCCAGUGGAUAUCUUGACCUAUGUGGCUUGGAAGAUAAGUGGCUUUCCCAAAAACCGUGUUAUUGGAAGUGGUUGCAAUCUGGAUUCAGCCCGGUUCCGUUACCUAAUGGGGGAAAGGCUGGGAGUUCACCCGUUAAGCUGUCACGGGUGGGUCCUUGGGGAGCAUGGAGACUCCAGUGUGCCUGUAUGGAGUGGAGUGAACGUUGCUGGUGUGUCUCUGAAGAAUCUGCACCCUGACUUAGGCACUGAUGCAGAUAAGGAGCAGUGGAAACAGGUUCACAAACAGGUGGUUGACAGUGCCUAUGAGGUGAUCAAACUGAAAGGCUACACUUCCUGGGCCAUUGGACUGUCCGUGGCAGAUUUGGCAGAAAGUAUGAUGAAGAAUCUUAGGCGGGUGCAUCCAAUUUCCACCAUGAUUAAGGGUCUCUAUGGAAUAAAAGAUGAUGUCUUCCUUAGUGUUCCUUGCAUCUUGGGACAGAAUGGAAUUUCAGAUGUCGUGAAGGUGACUCUGACUCCUGAGGAAGAGGCCCGUUUGAAGAAGAGUGCAGAUACGCUUUGGGAGAUCCAAAAGGAGCUGCAGUUUUAAAGUUUUCUAAUGAACCACUUCACUGUCUAGACUACAACAGGGUUUUAGUUGGAGGUUGUGUAGAUUGUCCUUAUUAUCUGAUCUGUUACACAAGUAAUACUAAAAUGGCCUAAGAAAAAAGCAGUUUCCUAAAGUUCUAAAUAGGAGUGGUCCACCAAACCCUGCAGCUAUAUCCUGAGGCCGGAUGGUAUCUGUCUCUCUAGUCCCGAGUUGGUUAAUGGACAUGAGCUCCACCAUCUCCGAGGCACCACUGCCAACAUCACAUAUGCUGCAGGUGCUCUGCAAACCAGAUGUGUAUUUACUCUGUUCUAUAACUUCUGGUUCCUUCACCCAACAGCCAACAUGCCUCGUCCAUCUUCUUCCAUCAGUCACAUUCUGGGAUCCAAUGUAUAAAUUCAAUAUUGCAUGUAUUGUGCAUAACUGUUCUAAAGGAUCUUAUUUUGUGUACCAUGUAUGUCCGAAUAUAGUGUACAUUGCUAUAUAAUGUAAAGAGACAAUGCAACCAACUAUCUCAGUGUCAUACCAACUAAAAUACCAAAUAAAUUUUGAACAGUGA